AAAGACGGCCUCAUGACUCUAUUUUCGCGAGGGCAAGGAGAAGGCGGGCGUCUUAGUAGGCGAGGCGUCAUAAACGCUCUCAGUUAGGUCGGGAAGGAGUGCGUGGUGCCUGCUUACCUUGGGUGUUGGAGGUAAAAGGCCAAGCCUUUAGCGCCAGGGAGAAAAAGGCCUGCGGUUUGCGUCUGUGGGCAUAGGAGGAAGCCUCAAACCUGUAGAUAAGUGCGUGACGUCGCCAUAUAGUAAAACAGAAGGAAUUCCAGGAACGUUUGUUGAUGGCUGAGGUGCUAAAAGGACUAGAUUCCUGAAAUAUUGACAAUGGAUAUAAAGCUGAAGGAUAAUGAAGUCAUAAGGACUGUUAAAUUUACACCACCACUGUACAAACAACGUUAUCAGUUUAUCAAACAGUUAGUGAGUAAGCAUGAACCUAAAAAGGUGGCAGAUUUGGGAUGUGCUGACUGCAGGUUGCUCUGGAUGCUGAAAUUCUGCCGUUGCAUUGAAGUACUCGUGGGACUAGAUAUCAAUGAAGAUGUGAUGAAGGAGAAAAUGCAUAUGCUGUCGCCUCUUCCUGGUGACUAUCUCCAGCCAAGUGAGAGAUCUCUGACAGUUAUCCUUCUUCAAGGUUCAGUUGUUCACAAAGAUCCGUGCAUGCUGGGCUUUGACAUGAUAACAUGUAUUGAAUUAAUAGAACAUCUGGAGGAAAAAGAACUGGAGAAAUUUCCAGAAGUUGUAUUUGGGUUUAUGUCUCCAAGUAUGAUCAUAAUUAGCACACCAAACUCAGAAUUUAAUCAUUUGCUUUCAACUGUAACAUCAUUCAGACACCCAGAUCAUAAAUUUGAAUGGAAUCGAGCACAAUUUCAAAGCUGGGCCCUUGAUGCUGCAGCUCGCUAUGACUAUACAGUGGAAUUUACUGGAUUAGGAGCCCCACCUCCUGGAAAAGAUGUUGGUUUUUGUACACAAAUUGGUGUAUUUGUGAGAAAUUAUCUAAAGAAUGGGGAGCAUGCCCAUUUUGAGAAACACCAAGAAUGUGUUUAUAAAACUGUUUUUAAAGCUGUGUAUCCAAGUCUUAAGGAUGAAAAAUAUUUGCAAAAUGCAGUAGUCAGUGAAGUUGUUUGGACAGCUCAUAUGAUAGCAAAGAAACUAUUAUCCUACAGAAAUGCUAUGUAUGGAAAGCACUGUGAUGAUUCGCGUGAAACAGAACUUGCAUCUAUGUCAUUCCACUGUUUCUGGAGACAUCUGGAUUACCCUUUGGAAACUGAUGGGGACAGUAAAAGUACACAGCCAUUUAUUAAUGGAAGCACUGCUUACGUACCUCUUGCAAAGAUCUUUUCUUUUCCCAAAGUGAAUCAACUUUGUGGUGACCUUGAAACACUUAAUAAGCUCAUAACUGGCAAAAUUGCACUGAGCAGUGAUGGAUCUACAGUGCUGAUUGAUACUGAAUAUGAAAAUGAAGAGCAGGAGAAUUACCAAUGCGUCUAAAAACAUUUGCUGAUUUUGCGGCUUCCCUAACAGAAGUCUAAUGAUUAGUACUGUAUACGCCUUUGGUUGCUUGUUUAAAAAUAACAGAUAGGAACCUCUCAACAUGCCACUUUUCAUGGUGAAAAAGCAAUGAAAGGGGGAGGGGCUAGGUGCUGCUCUACUGGAUGGAAAUGGGUAAGGCCUGUGUAGGGUUUUAAGGGCUGUUUCACCGAUAGUAAUCUCCAGCAGUUUGCUUAGUGAAUGUUUUGAUGUAAAAAAGGUAAUUAUUACUGAAUCUGCAUAAUACUUUUUUGGCCUCUGGAAGGUCUGUGUCAAAGUAUAUUGGCAUGCUAUACUUAAUAUUUCAGAACAUGAAUAUAAGGAUUCAAUGUUUUUUGUAGACAAAGUAAAUAAGCUUUUCAUUUAUUUAUUUAUAAUAUUUUUUAGCCGCACCAUUACCAGUGGCUUCUGGGCGGCGCUAUAUUUCUGAUAUACGUGGCGCUAGAACACACAUUAGGAACUGAUUUUCAGUGAAUCAACAACAUACAGUAUUUGAGUAAUUCACAGUAAGCAGUGUCAGCAUUGGAUUUCUGCAAGAUUGACAUACAGCAUGGAAAAAGAAGGCAUGAACAUAGCUUGAAAACAAAAGAUUUCUUGAUCCAGUGUAAGCCGUACACAAAGCACCAGCUACAAUCUCACCUAGCCUUUGAAUCAAGACCAGCAAAUCAAAGUGAUUGUAGUACAGAUGAGCAAAGGAAAUAUAUUCUAUAAGAUGGGCAAAAACAUAAACCAGAAAUUAUGUUCUACCAAAGCUCACAUCCCUUAUCUACUCACUGUCCAAAAUCUUGUUGUGUUACAUUGGGUCAGAUGUCACCUGAAUUGGGCCCCAGAAGCAUUUAAUUUACAUGUUUAUACCCUGUCUUCAGUUCCCUAGGUCUCCCUUUUCCCCUGGUAGUGUCUUUGAGAAACUUGGGCCUGGGGGGAGGUUGUGCUUUAAAAGUCAAAAAUAGUUGCCAGAUUAUUAUGGUGAGGAUUGGGGCUGCUGACAAUUGCUGACUUUUAUUUAUUUAAAAUAUUUAUAUGCUGCCUUUCUCCUAAAGGAUCCAAGGA